GAGUUGAACACGCCUCAACCAGUCUCUUCCAAACGCUGCCCUGAUCAGCUUUCUGCAUGCAGUAUUGCCACUGCCUGUCACACUGAUCACUAAAACCUGAGCGAGUUUCCUCGGGGUCACGGCGGUCACCACCACCAACCCCGUCCAUUGACUCUCCAACGUUGGACGUUCAGACUUGUCGUUCCGCUCAGCUCCUUUUCGAACGUUGUUAGCAGUCGGCAGUAACCAUGAAAGACAUCAGGAAGAUCAUUGCGGAGAACGCUGUCGUCGUCUUCAGCAAGACAUACUGCCCGUAUUGCGUCCGCGUUAAACAAAUCCUCACUAAGCUCAACGCAAAAUUCAAGGCUAUUGAGCUUGACCACGACCCCGAGGGAGCCGCCAUGCAGCAAGCGCUGGCACAGAUGACUGGUCAACGCACAGUGCCUAGCGUGUUCAUUAACGGGCAACAUAUAGGCGGAUGUGACGACACGGACGCCUUGAAUCGGCAAGGCAAGCUGGUGCCCUUACUGGAGGCGGCAGGCGGCGUGUGAGCAGGUGGAAUUGAGGCCAGAGUUAGUUCUAGAGGCUUCCCUAUGUGCCGGAAGCUGCUGGAUGGGUGACGCUGAGUUACAGACCCUUCAGAUCGGCUGUGCUGUGCUGUAGGGUGAGUGACAGAGGGAACUUGGGCUAGUAGCAGCAAGUUUUCUGGAAUGAAGAUCUGCUCAAGUACUCUUACCAUACCCAUGUGCCAUGCGUGUGCUUGUAGUGGGAGGUUGUAGGCAGAUGUUUCUAGGUACCGGUACUAUGUUUUGGGCUCUUUAACAGUAGAAGGUGGUGAGCCAUGUGUUGGGCAAUGCACCUGUUUCAGCUCAUGACGCUGUGCCUUAGUUGAAAAGGGAUGUAGUAGUGGGUAGCACUGAACUGAUUCCCACAUACCAUCCAGUGAGCUAUGACGUGACAUAGGUAGUUGUCAAAACAGUA